GCAGUUUGAAUUAAGUUCAGCCACAUUCAGUUUAGUCAGUUUGUUUUUUAUUCAUAUUGAUAUAAAAAUGUUUUAAAAUAGUGUUCCGCUCAACCUAUAAGCUAGAAGGAAUUAUCAUAAUGGAAAUCGAGGUGGAAUAUCUGGAUCUAAACAUCUGCAUCGUUUGUCUGGAGGAAAAGCCCGACAUGACCGCCGUAGAAUUCACCGAAACGGCGCCCGAUUUGCUGCCGAACGGUCCAGUCCUGGCAAAGCAUUUAUGGUUUCGGGAAGAAGACCUCCACUUCAAGUACGUUUGCCGCGAUUGCUGGACCGUUGUCCGACAGUUUCACGAGUUUUAUGUUUCCGUCGAAAGGACACACGCCGAUGUGGCGGGUGUUGCGGUAGAAGGGGAACAACUGGCCAUUAAAUCGGAGGCAUUCGUUGAAGAGCAACAAUCGGAGCCAUGCAAUCAGGAGUUUGACGAACAGGAUCAGCAGCAGCAAGAACUUUUGGAGCUGGAGGAUGACGAAGAAACCAUUGCCGUUGAGGUUGAGCACUGGGAGCAGAACUCUGCACUGACCGAAUGCGAAGAAACAAGUUCGGACGAUGAACCCGAGGAAGGCUUGACGAUGGAUAUACAAAAUGAAAUGACGGUCAAACAGGAGAGCCUAACUGAAGCCGAGAAACUGGAGAAAAUUUACCACAAACCGAUUGCUGAAAUCGAGGAAGAAGAUGACGCUAUUAGCAGACACUGUAAACUGGCUUGCGAGAGCUGUGACACGACGUUCGGCACGUUUGUGGAACUUAAAAGGCACUUUCGGCAGGUACACAACACUAAAGGCCACCUCGUAUGUUGCAACCGGACGUUCCGGAAGCGCCUGAGACUCGUUGAACACGUCAGGAAGGUAAACGAUCCGGAUGCGUUCCACUGCACAAUUUGUAACAAAUCCUACAGCAACAGCACCGGGUUGAGUCUCCACAUGACGACACUUCAUGCCGCACCGGAAAAACUGCUGUUCAAGUGUGAACAGUGCGACAAGUCGUUUGCGAAGAAAUUCCAGCUAAAUGCCCAUCAAGUGCAGCACGUUCCAGAAGAAGACAGGAACUGUGUCUGUCCACAGUGCGACAAGGCGUUUGCAACGGCGGCAAAGCUAAACGUACAUAUAAAGUUACGCCACCAACCUCAGAAAAUCCACGUGUGCGAUGUAUGUGCCAAAAGCUUCAAAAGCAAGGUCCAGUUCGAUCGACACUGCAAGGAACACGACGAGUCUUACCAAAAGGUACGGCUGCAGUGUAAAAUUUGCUCUAAAUGGUUAAAGAACGCGAGCAGCCUGCGCAAGCACCUGCAGCGUCACGACGGCGAAGGCCAAUCGCACGAGUGUGGAAUUUGUGGCAAAAAGGCGCCCAACAUGCUCGCCCUGCAAAGUCACAUCACGUUUGUGCACAAAAAGGAGAAGCUGUUCCAGUGCGAGCAUUGUCCGAAGGCGUUCAAGCGACAGUUUACGCUUGCGGAACACAUGGCCACCCAUACCGGAGAAGUGCUCUAUCAUUGCCCGUACUGCGUGAAAACGUUCAACUCGUCGGCAAACAUGCACGCGCACAAGAAGAAACAUCAUCACCGCCAGUGGCAAGAAAGCAAACGGAGAAGCGAACUUGCAUUAUUCGGAAAGGUGGAACUGCAGGAAGCGAGCGAUAGUUGAUUGAUGGUGGAUGAAUUGUGUGGCGAAAUAAAAACCAACUCCUACACCCGGAA